GAUUUUGGUAAUAAGCCACAACCUAAGGUAACUGGUCUCUAAGGACUGUUCCUGAUAUAAAUAAUAAUUUUAAAAAAUCACCGCUGUAAAUAUGAAAUUAUUGAUUGAGUUUUAAUUCAAAGGUGGGUAAUAUACCUCAAAGGUGUGGGGAUUGUUAACUGUGCACCAUAAUAUUGAAUUAACUUUGAAAUCAUGCGCUGUCACUUUAAUUAGGCACUUUACUGUGACUUCACUGACUUGAGUCUUGAUGAGUUUUAAGUUUAAGCAGUUUUUUUGGUUUCUUUUGUUUUGCCCACUGCUUAGUGCUUAAUAUAAUAAUAUUUUGACUACAAUGAAAGUAGUUGCCAACUUUAAACAACAAAUUAUAGGCCUACUAUUUAAAUUUAGGCUAUAGGCCACUUCGCAAAGUUAAAAUAAAAAUAAAACACAUGCGUUUGACCAACUUGCGACCAACUUCAACUUGCGUUGGAUUGGACUGGAGUGAGCUGUUAUGAAGUGCUAAUUUUAAAUGAAAUAAUAAAAUAAUAGGCGAUUAAUGGGAUAUAAUUUUUCUUUUGUGGAAGGAAUGAAGGAAUAUUCAGUUUAUAAAAAGAAUGAAAUCUGAAGUAUUUGCCAGAGUAAAAUCUGUAUUCCUUUAACUUUAAGAAAUUGAUUAGCAGUUGCAAGCUUUCUUUACUGUAGAUGUUAUUAUCACACUCUGGUUACUUGUACGGUAGCACUUUGACUUUGACUUGCUUUGUAAGUUUGCAAGCUGCACGAGGGUCAAGUGAUGGUACAAAACUGUGGUAUCAAAUCAAAUGAUGCUACUUUAUUGGUACCAAACUGUGAUAUCAAAUAAAACUUUGAAGGCAUCUAACACUACCUCUUACUAGGGACCUCGGUAUCGACCGGAAAUACCAGAAAAACGGGUAUCGUAUUUUCGUUGUCAUAAUGGCGACCUCUACUUUUUAAUUUACUGAGGGUAUCGUUGUUUUGUGAUUCAUAAUCGAUUUUUAGCAUAAUAAUAUAAUUUUACUUCCGCCAAUUACUUAAAGCCGACAUCUUUCCUGUUAUAUUAAGAGUUCGUUUGAUUUUUUGGGUCAAGAUUAAAGCUUUGAAAAUUGAAGUUAAAAAUUGGUCAACUUCACUCAAGAAUAACUUUUUUUUAAAAAUGCGCUCAAUAAUAAAAAAACUCCGCUCAUAUAAUUUAUAAGUUCAUUUACAAUAUAUCCAAAAUUCAUGAGUGUAGUCCAUGAGUGGGCUUCAAAAAUUAAUUUCCAAGAUGUCAUUUUUUUAGGCUAUGUAAUUUGUCAUCAUGGCAACCGUGCUUGUCUGCUUAUUUCCAAUUAUCGAUAGCAGCCGUGGGGUAAUUAAUAAUUCAUUAAGUUGGUUAUCCAGAGUGUAAAUGGGAAAUAUAACUAAUAAAAAAUCAUUUUAUAUAAAUAAAAAAUGUUUUAUAAUUUAUAACAUAAAUAAUUAUUAUUGGCUUAUUGAAUAUCAGUGAUUUCAAUUUUUUGGUUGGUUGCCAUGGACCUGGCUGACACUGACAUGGGAAUGAUAAGCUCUUGUCUUUGACUUAGAUAGUGAUAGGCUUAGUAAAAGUAUUAUAAUAGUAUUUAUACUAUUAAAAAUGAUUUAAGGAGUGGGAUAAAUAGCUUUUAUUACAGCUAAUAUAUUUAUCAUUUAUAUUAGUUUAUAUAUUUAUAGAUAAAUAUUUAUUUGUGUGUAUAUAUAUAUAUAUAUAAUGACCAUUAGGCUAUAGGCCUUGUAUACAUAUAAUAUAGUAUAAUACAAAGCAUACUACAUCAGGGUUAAGGCCUAUACCCAACCCAACUAAUUUGUAGGACCUAUUAUAAUAAAUUAUAUUUAAUGAUAUUUUAGGAUAUGUAAUAAAAUUUUAAUGAAUAUUGUGAUUCUUACUUAAGGCAUAAACUAAGUAAAACAUUUUGAAAUAUUCACUUACCUUUGGUAUUGAAAUAUCCUAUAUUUAAUCACAUAUCACAAUAUUCCACAAGAGAAUUAUUAUAUAAUCCUCGGUUUCUCAAAGAAAAAACACACUUUCUGGCACUACAAUCCAAGAAUUACUUAAGAUAUUAUUAAAGAACAAUCAUAAAAACCUGUACUUACCUCUAGUAAAUGACUAGAACUUAUUUUAUUAACAGCUAAAGUCAAAGUUGAUUCUAAUAAUACAUGUUGAUUUGUAAAACAAGAUUACAAACUUAAAAUAAAUGACAUGCUGAUUGUUUUGUCAUACUCAUAGGAAUAAUAUAAUAUAUAGUAUACAUAUGUAGAAAAUGGUAAAAUAAAAAGUGUAAUUGUCAAUUUUAAAUAAAUAAAACAAAUAAUCCCUUUAUUAUUUGUUUAUGCUUAUAAAUGCUAAACAAUUCCACAGAAAAUCUGCAAUUAAUAUCUAAAGAAUAUUAUUAUUAUGAUGAUUUUUGGGAAAUUAAAAACAAAAUUAAAACAAAAUUUUAAUUAAUUAAUUACAAAUAAGUGAUGAGUCAGCAUUUUUAUACAUUUUUAAUAGGCAAAUAAUAAAGUUUUUUUUGGUUAUAUUUGCGGCAUAUUAACAAAAACUAAAGUAUAUUUUGUGGCUUUAUUUAGAAGUACUCUUAUUUAACUAUGUUCCCUGUAAAUAUUAUAUUUUUGUCUCAUUUUAUAAUAAAGUUAUAGGCGUUAAAAAAAAAAGCAAAAUGAGGGUCACAAAAUGUGGAGGAAAAUCCCAUAGUAAAAAAGUGGUUUUGAGGUCCCUACUAAAAAAUUCAUAACUUUUGAACCACUUGAGCUAGAAAGUUGAUCUUGGUGUUUUUGUAAUCUAUUCACCAGGCUCUAAACAGCUGUAGUAUUUUUAUAUUUUAAAAAAUGUUUUGAAAUUUUCAUCAAAGUGGCUACUCUUACCUAUUAAAAAAAAUCAUGUAAAUCGGACUUUGCCUUGUGGAAUAGUUUGAAAUGCCUUGUAAAAACCAAUAACUGCUUCAAAACUGUGUUCUAAAGACUAACACCGAUUUUUAAAUUUAAAAAAAAAAAAUACAAAACAAUAUUAACAUUCUUUGUGAGUUGAGAUGAAAUACUAGCCAGUGACUGAGUAACCUGUGAGUAGAUUACCACACCUAUUAAAGCCAUUGGAUGACUGGUUUACCUUUAAGAUUGUAUUUAAUUUAAGUUUCCAUGGCCAUAUUAUUUUAAUAAAUUGUAUCUGAAAAUAAUAUUAUUAUGAUAAUAUGAAUUUAUUUAUCAAUCAAAGGUUUCACAGUUUUUUAAUGAUGGCUGCUGUCCCUGAAAUCGCAGCUGAUGCUGUUCUUGUGCAGAGUGAACAGAUGCCUGAAGGGUCAGAGGUUGUCAGAGGUUAUGACUUUAAUGAAGGUGUUGAUUACCACAAUGUUUUUAAGUCAUUGUCACGAACAGGAUUUCAAGCUACUAGUGUUGGACAGUCUAUUACAGAAAUUAACAGAAUGGUAUGGAGAAAAAAACUAACCAAAAAUUAAGAUCUAUGUUUAAAUUAUUAUUUUUUGGUUGUGGAAAUAAAUGGCAAAAUGAAAACAGUAUUCUGAAAUAAAAUGCUGAUGCAUUAUAAUGAUAAAAUAUUAAUAAAUAUAUUAAGAGAACUUUGAUUUUAAUUGAAGUAAAAUUUAAUACAAAAUUAACAAAGCAAUUAUUUUUUUUUUUAUUUGUGUUGCUAUUUAACAAUGCAAUUUCACAAUUACGUAUACUUUGUUGCUUUUCUGCUUGUUUUCCUUAAAUGGCCAGAUUGACUGUAAAUUUCAAGAAAUCAGUGAAGAAAAAAAGCCUGAAGUGAAUCUGAAUCCAUGUGGCAGAGAGCUGACUAACUGUACAAUUUUUCUUAGCUAUACAUCCAACUUGAUAUCUGCUGGGUCCAGAGAGCAAAUCCGAUACCUUGUACAACACAAUAUGGUAUCUAAAAGAUUUAGCAAUUUAAUUACUAUUUUUUAAAAAAAAACAUUAUUUUUAGUCCAAAUUUAUAAUUGAGAUAUUUUAUUAUUUAACUUUAACAUGUUUUAUGCCAAACUAUGUUCAUUCUGUGCAGCAGACCUGUUUACUCUUACGAUUUUGGCGUACAAUGUACGAUUUUGAGGUGUUAACAUGUAUACUGUAUGUUUAUUUUUUUCUAUAAAUAUAAGGUAUUGAACGAUUUUGUGAUAAUAUUGUACGAUUUUAAGAGUCUGAGGGUAAACAGGUCUGGUACAGCUAUUUUUUAGCAUCUUUGUUAUCUAUUAAAUUUGAGUUUGAUCACACCAACAAAUAAGAAGUCAAAUUUGGACCAAACAUAAUAAAUAGGUUGAUCUUUAGGUGAAGGUUUCAGUGUUGUGUUUGUCAAGGUUGACUGUUUAGUGACAAGUGCUGGUGGUGUGGAAGAGGAUUUCAUCAAGUGUUUAGCCCCAACCUACAUUGGAGACUUUUCAUUGCCUGGGAAAGAACUGCGGGCCAAAGGCAUCAACCGAAUAGGCAACUUGCUUGUCCCCAACUCUAACUAUUGCUUGUUUGAGAACUGGCUCACUCCCAUCUUGGACAACAUGGUUGAUGAACAGAAUGAGGUAAGAUGACAAUAAUAUUAGUUAUCAAUAUGAUCAUGCAAUUUGUAUUCCAGUUUGAAUAUUAUAUGGUAAUGAGGGGAGAGACUGCAAUCAGGUUAACAAAAUAGGAAAUUACAUUGUUUUUUCUGUUUUUUAUUCGCUGACGAAGGCUUCCUGCCAACACAUUCGUUGUUUUGUUGCGUUCCUUUAUUCAGGGUUGGGCCAUACUUUGUCCUGCUCAUUUCCUAUUGAAUAUGACAUCCAUAUAAUUUCAUAAUAUAUAUAACUUUUAAAUGGAAAAAAAAAUGGUUAAGAAACAUUGAAAUUUGAAAAUAUGUCCUGUGGGUCUAUAGAAGCACCCGCAAUUAGGAGUUGCUAUUAAUACUUUUAUUCACACAAAAAUGAUUCUUUUCUCCUGAUUUAUUUUUUUCUAAACUACUUCUUAAUUUUUGUUUUGAGUUUGGUAACAAAUAUUUCCAUAUUCCUCCAUUCUAUUACAUUGGUCAUGUCAACACAAAGCUAAUAUUAUAACAAUCCCCAUCAUAACAGGGAACCAAGUGGACUCCUUCAAAAGUGAUUGCCAGACUGGGGAAAGAGAUGGACAACCCAGAUUCUGUUUACUAUUGGGCCUACAAGGUUCGUGACAGCUGACAUUAAAAUGUGAUUACCUGACUGGGAAACGAGAUUGUUAAUCCAGAUUCUGUUUAACUAUUGGGCCUACUGAGUUAGUGACAGCUGACAUUAAAAUGUGAUUGCCUAACUGGGGAAAGAGAUUGUUAAUCCAGAUUCUGUUUACCACUGGGCCCCACAGGUUAGUGACAGCUGAAAUUUAACCCACCGGUAUGGCGCUUAAGAUCUGGAUUAUCUCCUCUGUAGCAACGUAUAGCAGACAAACAUGUUGCAGUUUGCCAUUUAAAUAACUGCAGGUUGAAUUUUUGUUUAGAAAUGUCCUAAUGUGACUUGCAUUGAAUUCUGAACAGAACAACAUUCCAGUUUUUUGCCCAGCACUCACUGACGGUUCCCUUGGGGACAUGAUCUACUUCCACUCUUAUCAAAAGCCUGGGCUGGUCAUAGACAUUGUGGAAGGUAAGACUACUGUUACAUUAUAGCCUGUGUCUUGACCUAAUUUCACUUUGACGAAGAACUAAAGCGUCCACCGCUCCCCUCCCCCAUUAUUUGUUUUGAUGUUAAUGUCACCGAUGUUGGUAGCGCUUUACCAACCCCACAACCACAACUAAUUGGGAAAAGGUUGUUUAUGUUCUAUUUGUUCUAAAGAAUUCAAUCAGGUGACAGAAUUUCAAGAAUUUCUUUUCUGGAGGGCUCUAACUUACUCCCUUUAAAGAUAAGCCUACAGCUCUUUCCUAGCUGACAAGAGAGAUUUUUUGCUUUAUUUCCUAGAUAUUUACUAGAUAUUUACUAGACGUAAUAUACUUUCAAGAUUGUACUCUUUCUGUUUGUGUGUAAAUUAAUAUUUGUAUCUUUUAAGGAUUGUACUUUUUCACUUGCUGUGCUGUAAGUUGAUAUAAUUUUUAUUUCUGUAUGUUUGAUUUAGUAUUCUUUAUAUGAAUUUAAUAGUAUGAUUAAAUUGAAUAUUGUUAGUAAUCACCGGCUUUUAUAUCGUUUUUCCUUGUAUAUUUAUUUAUUUAUUUAGCCAAUUUUAUAUAGCGCUUACCUUAAAGCACUAAGCGCUUUACAAUUAUUAAAAACAUGUAAACUAAGUAAAAUAAAAAUGAGACACUAGGAUAGUAACUACUUUACUAUAGAAACAAUUAAAAUGGCUAUAAAAUGAGGACACUGAAUUUUCAGUCCUCUGUUCAUCUAAUGAGCCAAAUCUUAAGCAUAUAAAAUCUUCAAAACCAUUUAACGCUAUGUCACACUACCUAACAGCAUGCUUAUAGGAGCUCACAAUUCAAAAAAUUAGUUCUGUUGUGAGUAGAUGUAAGACCUGAUAGCAUUGAUAGCAUGCUUGUAUGGGCACAAAGCAUUAGGGCUGUUAUGAGUAAAUAGCUCGCUCAUUCAGCUCUAAAUAUCCUACAGUUUCAGCAGAUUGUUAGUUCUUGUUCUGGUUAGGGUUUGGGGGGGUGGGUGCAAAUUUAGUCAAAGAAAAGAAAUCGCUGCCCUACUGGAAUAUAGAAACCCGAACUAUUUUUUUUUUUUAAUUGCUUAUAAAAAAUACACUUUUUUUUUUUUUUUUAUUUAAAUUAUUUUUAAGAUUUUUUGUUUUUUUCCCUUUAUUUUACAUUUUUUUUUUUUUAAUUCUUUUUGACUUGUUUUUUUUUUUUUUUUUGAUUAGUUAAAGUAAUUUUUAGAAUUUUGAGUUAUGUCCCCUAUAUUUCACAUAUUUUAUUUUUCAAUGCUUUUAGUCUUUUUUUUUUUUUUUUUUUAACGUCCAUUUUGAAAUAUGCAUGUGUUGGACUCGGACUUCACUGUUUAAUUUAACAUUGGCUUUUCACAUGUCGCUGUGCUUCACUUUAAAUUUUCCAGACAUACGCCUGAUCAACAGCCAGGCGGUGUACGCUGUCAAUACGGGAAUGAUCAUUCUGGGAGGGGGUGUCAUCAAGCAUCAUACGUGUAAUGCAAAUCUUAUGGUACGCUACGGUUGUUUUGAAAAUGUCCGUGUGGACACCUUUUUUUUAAAAAAAAAAAUUUUGCUUUUGAUAUGUCUUUUGUGUGUGUCCGCAACUUCAAUUUUUUUAAAACCACCUUCCACGUGACCUAGAGUGAUGAAAUAUGGCUUGAAGCAUAAUGAAACUGGAACUUUUAAUCCAAGAAAUAAUGAAUAAGAAAUGCCAGUGAGGAAGGAAAAUAACUGAGCAUGAGAAAAAUAUAAAAUACUAGGGCUAAACCGGGUGCAUUUUUUAAAAAUUCCAAAACCAGUAAUUUUGAGAAAAUACCUGAUGGGUCCAAGUGUGACCAAAAAAUGAAGUUAACUUCUCAUUUUCUAUAAUAUAUGCCAGCCUUUAAACAAUACACCUACAGAAAGUCCUACACUCUACUUGCUGGGCCUUAAACAAUAGGCUUACAGACAGUCCUACACCCUACCUGCCGGCCUUUAAACAAUAGGCCUACAGUCUUACAGGCAGUCCUACACUCUACUUGCCGGGCCCUAAACAAUAGGCCUAUAGACAGUGCUACACUCUACUUGCAAGCCAAAAACAAUGAGCCUACAUACAGUGCUACUGAAAGUCCUACACAAUACCUGUAGCUCUUUAUUGACUAAUGUAACAGCCGUCUCCCCAUAAAGAAAGAAAAAAAAUCAACUUGAAAAGAGUUCAGACGUUGUCAUGCACGAAAGCUUGCUGUGUGACAGCCUUUUUUUUCCCCACUCAGUACUAUUCAUAUAGAACAUGUGUAGUUUGGGAGGGCCGGUUGGGAAGAGGGAGCAGGACAUACUAGAAGCAAAAAUAUAUAUAACAGAUACUUAUUUAAAGUUCUUGCCCUUAAUUUAAAGAUGAACGAUGCACCGUAACUAAAAUAGAUUUUCUCAUUCAAACAAAUCUAAUUUAUCCAUUUUAUUGCUAUCAUAGAACGUGGAUGGGGGGGGGGGGUAUCUGCUCCCGCGUGGAACUUUUUUCUGUAUAUUGAGAUGAAGUAUUUUUUAUCUUUCUGCAGGGUUUUUUUUGCUGGGGGGGGGGGGGUUUUCGCCCGGCCCGGGCGGCUCUAUUGUUGCCAAGAGAAACUUUGUUUUAAAAAUAUUUAAUUGUAGGUAUCUGCUCCCGCGUGGAACUUUUUUCUGUAUAUUGAGAUGAAGUAUUUUUUAUCUUUCUGCAGAGUUUUUUUUGCUGGGGGUGGGGGGAUUUUCGACCGGCCCGGGCGGCUCUAUUGAUGACAAGAGAAACUUUGUUUUAAAAAUAUUUAAUUGUUAACACUCGAUUCCCUUGACAUAAGUUGUCAACAACAUGCUAUCUUCUUACACUGAUGUAACUGGUUAAAAUGGUGAUACCUGCCACUACAUGCUAUCUUCUUACACUGAUGUAACUGGUUAAAAUGGUGAUAUCUGCCACUACAUGCUAUCUUCUUACACUGAUGUAACUGGUUAAAAUGGUGAUACCUGCCACUACAUGCUAUCUUCUUACACUGAUGUAACUGGUUAAAAUGGUGAUACCUGCCACUACAUGCUAUCUUCUUACACUGAUGUAACUGGUUAAAAAAGGUGAUACCUGCUACUUAUUCAAAAUUUAAUUGACUCUAUUACUUCCCCAUGUCAACUUUAGCUGAGACAUAUCCUGAAUUUGUCUGUUUCAGAGAAACGGUGCAGACUUCUCAGUGUUUGUCAACACAGGAUCUGAGUAUGAUGGCAGCGACUCGGGGGCGAGGCCCGAUGAAGCUGUGUCGUGGGGGAAAAUCAAACUAACAGCUAGACCUGUCAAGGUGAGACUCAAUUAGUUAAUGUUAUAUAGACCUGUCAAGGUGAGACUCAAUUAGUUAAUGUUAUAUAGACCUGUCAAGGUGAGACUCAAUUAGUUAAUGUUAUAUAGACCUGUCAAAAUGAGACUCAAUUAGUUAAUGUUAUAUAGACCUGUCAAGGUGAGACUCAAUUAGUUAAUGUUAUAUAGACCUGUCAAGGUGAAACUCAAUUAGUUAAUGUUAUGUAAACAUGUUUAGGUGAGACUCAAUUAUUUAAUUUAUGUAGAUAUGUUUAGGUGAGACUCAAUUGUUUAAUUCGUGUAGACAUGUUUAGGUGGGUAUCAAGUAUUUAAUUCAUGUAGACAUGUUUAGGUGAGACUCAAUUAUUGAAUCUCUUAUCGUGUUAUUUAAUUUAAGUAAACCAGUCUAAAUCUGGUUUAAAAUUGCCUCUAAAAACAAGGAUCUCAAGCAAUGCCAGCCAGGGGAAGUAAGGGUCUGUCGCCAUUAAAUUUAGCCAGAAUGUGAAUAGGUGUUCAGUGCCAUUAAGACAGUGGUCCUCAACCUUCCUAAUGCCGUGACCCUUUACCACAGUUCCUCAUGUUGUGGAGACCCCAAAAUGUAAUAUUAUUUACGUUGCUACUUCAUAAAUAUAUGUUUUCUGAUGGUCUUAGGGGACCCCUGUGUAGGGGUCGUUCAAAACAUCCCCCCCCCUCCCACGGGGUUCGCGACCAACAAGGUUGAGAACUGCUGCAUUAAGAUGUUCAGUAAUUCGUCAUCAUAGAGGGAAGGUUGGUCAUGAAAAUAAUUUCAUGAUGUGCCGAGUCAAAGCUCUUAUAGACAAUGACUUGAACUGAAAGGUACGCUAGAAUGUUAAUGAAAUGUUUUUAUUUCAUCUGAUUUUCAGGUCUACGGUGAGGCGUCUGUGAUACUCCCGAUUCUUGUCGGAGAGACCUUCGCCAGCAGGCAGAAAGAGUUCCAAAAGUUUUAUUCCAAGCAAAAAGACUGAUAUUUAUAAUAAACAUAAACUUUAUAUC